AUGAGUCUGUCACGCUCCGAUAUUCGUAAGCUGCUCAAAUACGAGUUUUUGCGAGGUGCCAAUGCGCCGACGGCCCUGGAGCGCAUCAACGAAGCUCACGGUCCGGGAACUGUGUCUCGAACUACGGCGUUUGACUGGUACUUCAAGUUUAAAAACGGAAAAAUGGGCGUCGAUGACCAGAAGCGAAGUGGCAGACCGAAAACCGUUGAUCGAGCCGGUGUCCUCAACUUUCGGGCAAAAGAGGUGUUGUUGUGCGUCUGGUGGGACCGACGCGGGCCAAUUCACUGGGAAUUGAUGCCAAACGGUCAGACAAUUACGGCCCAAGUGUAUUGUGAGCAAUUGGAGCGAGUUCGACGCAUAAUGCGCAAGCGCCGAAUUUCGGUGAUUUUUCUCCACGAUGACGCGAAACCGCACACAGAUCAGUUGACGCGCGGCAAAUUGGCCGAAAUGGGCUGGGAGAUGCUGGAUCACCCGCCAUACAGUCCGGACAUCUCCCCCACCGAUUUCCACUUGUUUCGCGGCCUGGAACAUUGGAUCCGUGGCAAAAAAUUCGAUUCCUCAAGGAAUUUUUCGCUUCGAAGGCCCGUGCUUGGUACGCUCGUGGCAUCAACCUGCUUGAAGAACGCUGGCAGAACUUAA